AUGCAGGUGGAACGGAUUAGUGUUUCCAAAUGGCCCGCUUCACCGGAUUUUUUUAUCAAGGGCUCAUCGCAUCCGAUCAGUGCCUCCGAGGCCGAUCGACUGUACCACGAAACACUUCGGUCUCAAGCUGCCCGAACCAUAGACGAGUCUCUCGCGCAAUCGGGUACAUAUCAAUACUGGGCCCUGGUCCUCACGGUCUUCCCCAUAAUCACAGUUUUUGGAAACGUUUUGGUUGUAUUGAGUGUGUUUCGAGAGACAAACUUGCACACCGCAACAAAUUACUUUAUUGUCAGUUUGGCUGGCGCGGAUAUCGGCCUCGCAAUAUUUGUGAUGCCUUUGAGCGGAUGGGUUGAGGUAAGUCGUCAAGUAAAUUGA